AGAUUUGGUCAUUGGUUACUGAUAAGAAUGAAUGUGGUGGGCAAAGUUGGAAGCUUGAUAACCCAAGGUGUUUAUUUAGUUGCUACUCCUUUUCAUUCCUUUGGUAGGGCAGUUGAUGUCAUUGUUGUUCAGCAGCCAGAUGGCAAGUUUCGGUGCACACCGUGGUAUGUUCGCUUCAGAAAGUUUCAAGGUAUGCUCAAAGGUGCUGAAAAGGUGGUUCGGAUAAACGUCAAUGGGGUUGAAGCACACUCCCACAUGUAUCUUGACAAUUCGGGGGAGGCUUAUUUUGUAAAAGAGGUGGAUGAUGAAGAUGUUAUUUCUACUGGUAGUUAUGUCACUAAGGUUGGUGAUGGUACUUCUGGGCUCCUGUUGGAAACUCAAAGAAAGGAUGAAAAAAAUUGUUGGACUAAGGAAACCAUAGUGAUUAGAAGUCAAGAAGAUAAUCAUUUGCACACUGUUUCAGAAGAUGUUGUAUCUUGUAUAAAGACAGAGAGUGUCUUAACAAAUUGUUUGGAAUUACACCAGUUUGCUCAGCAGGCUGGAAAUGCUGAUUUACAAAAUGUAGGUUCUUCAUUGGAUGAUAGAAAUUCAGUAGAGGAAUCCAAUGCAAAUGGUUCAAUUACUGAUUGGGUUAUG